AUGUACAUCGACUCUCCUAUCCUACGUUACGAGAGAAAAAGUAAUAGUGAAGUGAGCGUGGUGAAUGUCUGGGCAGAUCUUCAGGUUUCGAGUUCAAAAUACAAUCUACGCUCUUACCUUCGUGGUAAGAUGCCUCUUGAAGUUGCUGCAUUACUAGAUCGUGAUGUAGCAAUAUACCUCACAGGAGAAGUCAUAACAGUCAAGGUAACGCUAAGGAACCUCGCUCCAAAAGGCCGAGAAUCUCUCGCUUGGGGCAGUGUUCAACUUACGUGCGAACGAACUCUCGGAGCUCAAGUAGCCUUUCGUGAUCGACCGACCACAGCAAUUUCGCGAAGUGCUUCUACCGUGUAUUCUUCAAAGCCAAAUGUGCUCUUCUGUGAUGUUGAGCUGAGUCAUGGCGAGUCUCGGCAGUUUACGUGCGGGAUUCCGCUCCCUAUGCACGACUUACCGCCUUCAUUCCGUGGCCACUUGGUUAGAUAUUUGAACCGAAUUACUGUAGCUGUGCAACAUGUUCGAGCGCCGAUUAAACUUAUGCAUAUACCAGUGAGGAUCAUUCCGUCGGUUGGUGUGGACGAAAAUCCAAAGACAGAACGGAAUCCAUUUUCAAUAGGAAGCAUGGUUCCAGCAACCAUAUCGCAGACUGUGAUCGCCGCUGUUGAUGAGAUAACGGCUCCGAAACGUGCUUACAUGUUCAGUAUGACCAAUGCACAUGGGAAAGUUGCAACGAUGACAUUGUUUAAGAAGACGUUUCGGUUAGGCGAAGACGUCCUGGGAACUCUCAGUUUUGAAGAUUCUGACGUUCCUUGCGUUCAAUAUUCUGUUCAUUUGGAAACCGUAGAACAGCUUGCCGAGGAUGUUGUUGGAGAGCACGGAGAGGUGAAAUCGGAGGGAAUGAUGAACGUCGCUGUCCAUUCAAACGAUUACGUGGUAUGCGCGUUUGCCUCAGAUAGUUCAUUCCGACUAUCCAUACCAAUGCAUGCUUCACCUACUUUUCACACAGAAACAGUGCACUUGAAAUGGCGGUUACGAUUUGAAUUCGUCACAUCCGAGCCUCUGAUCAAUGUAGUUUACGGCGAAGUGUGCAAAGCUCCCAUAGAUGUCCCUAUCGAGACCUUGGCAUGGAAAGUAGACAUCUAUGUACUGCCAUGCAGUCCACAAAAUGCAGCACUUACGGACUCUUCACACGUAGGAAGCGCUUCUAUGGUGUUAUAA